GGGGCUAUUUCUGGCGCUGGCGCGGCUCCAAGAAGGCAUCCGCAUUCGCUACCAGCGGCGGCGGCGGAGCCAGGCCGGUCCCCAGCGCCCAGCACCGUCGCUCCCGGCAGCCCCGGAGCGCGCACCGCAGGCCGGCGGCCGAGCUCGCGCAUCCCAGCCGGCGCUCUCGCACCUGCCCCGCAGAGAGGGAAGAUGAGCGAGUCGAGCUCGAAGGCCAGCCAGCCCUUGGCCUCCAAGCAGGAGAAGGACGGCACGGAGAAGCGAGGCCGAGGCAGGCCGCGCAAGCAGCCUCCGAAGGAGCCUAGUGAAGUGCCAACACCCAAGAGACCUCGGGGCCGACCAAAGGGGAGCAAGAACAAGGGUGCUGCCAAGACCCGGAAAACCACCACAGCUCCAGGAAGGAAGCCAAGGGGCAGACCCAAAAAACUGGAGAAGGAGGAAGAGGAGGGCAUCUCGCAGGAGUCCUCCGAGGAGAAGCAGUGACCGCGCCGAGCCGCCUGCUCCGGCAUCCCAGGAGCAGCUUUCCUCUGGGACUGGACAGCUCCGCUCCGCUCCCACGGCCCC